AUGACCGUUUUAAUCGAUUCGUAUUGGGAUCUCGAUUUUCCGGGAUUCAAUUGUGCGGGUUCUGUAAUGCAAGACAGAAGGCUUACGGGGCUUGCAUCUACCUACGCUGCGCUGAUAAAAGUGCCUAGCAUCUGGUCUCACGGUCCUAAUUGGCUCGUCCAGGCCCAAGAUACGUGGCCUAAAUUGGAAUUACAGCUUAAGGACACCUCUGAAUUCAGAAGUCCUAAUCCGGUUGAAACUUCUCUGCUUCUUCACAAAUCUAAUUGGAAUUUUCUGGGAAAAUAUUCCUCACUUCCAAAAUUGCAAAGGGUUCUCGCGUUCUGCCUUCGCUUCAUUUAUAAUGCGAAGGGUAAGAAUAAGCGCACCGGUAGCCUGACUGUUUCUGAAGUCGAUGCUUCUAUGGAUCGAAUAAUUCAGUUAACACAAGCAAGAGAUUUUUUUCAGGAAACCGACUGCUUAAAGUGCGAAAAAACUAUCAGCAAUAAGAGCAAGCUUUUAUCUCUCAAUCCGUUUUUGGAUAAGGGCAUUCUCAAGGUAGGGGGUAGACUGUUUCACUCUGAAUUAACCCCUGAUGAAAAACAUCCUAUGCUUCUCCCGCGAAACCAUCAUAUCACAUCUCUUAUCAUACGCCAUGAGCACAUACGACUCAAGCACGCGGGAUCUCAAGCUACCUUAUAUGCAGUUCGAGAACGUUUUUGGCCCAUUGACGGUCGAAAUACAACUGGUCGUGUAAUCCACCAAUGCGUUCCGUGUUUUUACGCCAAGCCUCACAUUUUCGUUUGUCUUGCCAGUAAAGCUACACAUCUUGAAUUGGUGAGUGAUCUCAGCACAGAAGCGUUUCUCGCAGCUUUAAAAAGAUUCUUUGCGCGUCGCGGAAAGUCCAGCUCUUUAAUUUCCGAUAAUGCUACCAAUUUUGUAGGCGCAAGCCGUGAACUUGCAGAGCUUCAAGAUUUGCUAUUAUCUGAUGAGCAUAACAAAAAUAUUCAAGAGUUUUUAGCGAAUCAAAGGUUUAAUUGGAGUUUUAUACCUCCUCGUUAUCCAGAUUUCUGGGGACUCGCGCACUGCGAGUAA